AUGGCCUCCACCGAAGACCAGGUCGUUGCGACCACCACAAACAAUGACCACCUCGUGCAGUCGGACGACCCCGAGCACCCUGCGAACCUGAUUCCGGAGCUGUGCCGCAAAUUCUACAACUGGGGAUGGGUCACUGGCACUGGUGGAGGUACCUCCAUUCGUCACGGUGAUCACAUCUUCAUUGCUCCCUCCGGUGUCCAGAAGGAGCUCAUGAAGUCUGAGAACAUCUUCGUCCUCCAAUGGCCCACCAAGAAGUACCCUGCCGAGGAGCGCAAUUAUAUUCGCCGUCCCCUCAAGCUGAACCCGUCUGCCUGUACUCCACUCUUCCUCACUGCGUUUGAGAAUGGUGCUGGCUGCUGUAUCCAUACCCACUCCCAAUGGGCCGUCCUGGUGACCCUGCUGGUGGAGCGCGAGAAGGGUCCCGAUGCCUGCUUUGAGAUCAGCACCAUCGAGCAGAUCAAGGGCAUUCCCCGUGGCAAGGGUAAGGGCAUGUUGGGAUACUACGACACCCUCAGUAUCCCAAUCAUUGAGAACACUGCCUUCGAGGAGGACCUGACCAGUGGUCUGGAGGCGGCCAUGAAGAAGUACCCGGACACCUACGCGGUGCUUGUUCGGAGACACGGAAUCUAUGUCUGGGGUGACAAUGUUGCCAAGGCGAAGACCCAGUGCGAGUCUCUGGACUAUCUGUUCCAGCUGGCCGUCGAGAUGCACAAGCUGGGCCUCCCUUGGGUCAAGUAG